AUGGCUUCGCACUUUUCUGAACCAGCACAGAAGAUCUCUCUGAUCUACAUAUCCUGCAGCAUGUUGCAUCUGUUGGCAAGUCCGGAUUUAAAGCCGCCAAAGGAAGAGGUUAGCCCUCCUCAGUCCGAAGCGCCUGACGGAGAAUUCCACAAUGCCGGUCUUCUGGGUAUCACGACUCCGCACUGCCAGCUCAUCAUUGAAUCCGUUUUGUACAUCGUGGAUCUCCGUCCAAAUCAAGUGGAGGCCUACGUAAAACGUGCGACUGACAUGGCAGCCGAUGUUGGCUUCAAGGUGAGUGUGAUUCUGAAUGGGUACAGGGUUUUCUGA